AUGCGCAGGAAGGCUGGGCUCGCGGGACUCGCGGUUCGGCGUCCCUCCUUCGCCGGGGAGGGAGGCCGGGGAGGGAGGCUGUCCCUCCUUCGCCGGGGAGGGAGGCUGUCCCGGCUGGAGCAUCCCGGUCCCGGGAGCCCUGGACUUGCUGGAAGCACACGCACGCUUGUCCCGGACUUGUGCAUAGACCUGGCCGGCUCCAGUGCCAACCUCAUCCCAAGGGUGACUGCCAUCCGGACCAGCCCAGACCUGCAGUGGCUGGUACGGCCCACUGAGGUGUUCUUGGCAGCCCCAUCACACAAGAUUCCCCCACCCAUACGGAGUUCUUCUGGCCUGGAUGGGGGUUAUCCCAUGAAGACCAUGGCAGGAGGCAGAACUCAGGGCGUUGGCAGGAAGGGCAAGGUGGAACAGAUGGACACUUGGGUUGGUUCCAUGCCCUGGUGAUUGUAUAUAGUGCUGCUAUGAACAUAGCAGUGCACUAUAUUUUCCAAUUAGAGUUUUCUCCAGAUGUAUGCCCAGGAGUGGGAUUGUUGGAUCAUAUGACAGCUCUUAUUUUUAGUUUUUUAAGGAACCUCCAUACUGUUCUCCACAGUGGCUGCACAAAUUUAAUUCCCACCAACAGUGUAGAAGGCUUCCGUUUUCUCCACACCCUCUCCAGCAUGUUAUUUGUAGACUUCUUGAUGAUGGCCAUUCUGACCAGUGUGACGUGGUACUUCAUUGUAGUUUUCAUCUGCAUUUCUCUAAUAAUUAGUGAUGUUGAGCAUCUUUUCAUGUGCCUGUUGGCCACCUAUGUACUGCCAGGGAAUUCCCAUUUUGUCCAUUUCUCGA